UUGUCAACAAAAAAAGGAAGAAAAAUCUUCAAAUCACUGAAAGUUUUCUAUGGCGAAUCACGACAGGAUCCAUCUGAAUUUGGGGGUUUCUCCUGUGAAGAAUUACACAGGGGGGGUUGCGGCUGAUGAUAUCCCAGAUCAAAUGAUUCAUCGCAUUCAAUCUUUCAUGGAUUCCCGCCUUGCCGCCCGAUCGACGGUGUUAUUCAACUCCUGGCGCCGCGCAUGGCUCACGCGCCCCGAUCUCGAUUUCCGAGAACAAGAUUUCCAAUCUCGAUCGAUCGAGUUCCGGGAAUUCGCAACCAGCACUUUGCAGAGGUACGAAGAUCUCCAGCUAAGGAUCAACACUUUCCGUCUAGAGAUGGAGGCUACUGUAGAUUGUCCUCUAGCCACAGAAUUCAUUGAGAAAGCGAUCAGAUUGGGGGCUACUAAGCUCACGCUUCGAAUUCGGAGAUGCACUCGUAACAUGUUUAAUUUACUAAAUGUGGUUCUCGAUUCCGAAACCCUAGCUGGAUUAUCUGCUCAUCAAUGCCUAAUUGAUCUCCAAUAUGGGAAGAAAGAUGUAAGUUGGUCCAAUCUUAAAACCCUAAGUUUGUCCCAAGUGGUUACACGUGGUGAUUUAUUCCUCGACUUGAUUUUGAAAUGCCCUUCACUUGAGAAUAUAACGUUGGGACGCACCAGAAGCGCGUGGUUAAGAGGUGAACCAAGUCCGAGACCACUUACUCCAUCUUGUGAUAGUAUGAUCCAACUGCAUAAGCUCAAGUCUUUGCAAUUGCAUUAUUUGGAUAGCAGAGACAACAUAUAUAGGCAUGAUUUAUGGCCUAAAUUUCCUUGGCUGAAAGAACUUUUGGUUUGGGGCUACAACUCUGACUAUGACUGGAAUGGCUUAACAAUCUGCAGCCGAUCACUCGAGAUCAUUACCCUACACACGUAUGCCAACAAGAUUACGAAUGGGAAGUUUGAUGUUCCUAAUAUUCGCAAGUUUAAGGUGGUAGGGGUUCAUUUGCCACAGCUGGAUGAGUUCAAGACAAGUAGUAAAAGGGAAUGGGAGUCAGAUAUACAUAUAAAGUGUGAUCAGCUUACUGUUUCAUGGUUCUCUUCGUUGAGCAAACUCUUGAGAAUGUUGAGCCCAUCCCGAAUCUCACUCUCUGUGUGGAUGGCUUAUAUAAAUGUUGCACAAUUAUUUUUUCAUGUUGGAGAUGGCUUACCUAUACCUGUAGUAGAGAAUUUGAGGAUAUUGGGCUAUCCAAUAAUAUUCUCUGUUUUCCUAAGUGCUUUGUUCUAUAGCUGUCGCCCCAACUUGGUAAUCGUUGAUUCGCGCCUUAUGGAGGAAGUGAAUCUGGCAACUAUUUUACCUGAUUCAAAGAAUCCUCCUCACUUCCAACUCAUAUAGGUUGGAGCGUUUCUGAAGUGAGAAAGGUCUAGUUUCGCUCGUCUAUACCAGCUGGAAAAAUACUCCGGAGAGGAACUUGUUGGUUUUCAAUCUUUUAGGUUCAUGUUCAGAUUGGGAUAAAGCUUCACAUUUACAAAAUAUGUGCAUUGGUCUUUUCUUUUUGUCAUUGCAAUGGAGUUGGAGAGUGUUAUAAGAGUAUAUAGACGAAGCUAUUCAGCUUUGACACAUUAGAAGGUGUGGCUUGGUUUUAAUUUUCUGGAAAUAUUACUAUGCAUUCCCAUUUCCCAGUGUGAUUUACUGA